GGGGGCGUGGCCUCUGUGCGGCGCGGGCGGCGGCGAUGGCGGAGCCGCGGGUGCUGGUGAUCGAUGGGCGCGGGCACCUCCUGGGCCGGCUGGCGGCCAUCGUGGCCAAGCAGGUGCUGCUGGGGCGCCGCGUGGUCGUGGUUCGGUGCGAGGGGAUCAACAUCUCCGGCAACUUCUACCGCAACAAACUGAAGUUCCUGGCGUUCCUGAGGAAGAGGAUGAACACCAACCCCUCCCGGGGGCCCUUCCACUUCCGCGCCCCGAGCCGCAUCUUCUGGCGGACAGUGAGGGGGAUGUUGCCCCACAAGACCAAGCGGGGGCAGGCGGCGCUGGAGCGGCUCAAGGUGUUCGACGGGAUCCCCC